GGUAUCUAUUCCUAGCCAAUACUUUGCAAUUCAUUCUUCACUCUUCUCUUCUUUUUUGCUAUCAAAUAAAAAGUGUGCAAAGUAUGGAAGAACUUGAUUCAGUUUUUAUUUACCAAGAGAGAGAACAUGAACUAAGACAGAAACUCAUAGACACAACACUUGAACUUGAAACAAUGAAAAGCAUCAAAACAGAACUCUUCAAUUUACUCAAAACAGCUUACCAAGAAAGAGAUGAAGCUAGAAAUCAGCUACAAAAUCUAAUGAACAAGCUUAUUCCAACUAGUCCAAUCCAUUUACAAGACAUGCUUGUUCAACAAGAAAGCCCUCUCAUGUUUCAUUCUUCAAAACCAAAUCCAAGUCUCACAGAAUCAAGUAGUCUCUCACACGGUUCACCGCCGGUUGAUUCGUUCUUUGAAACUGUUUCUUCACCUGAGUUCUCAAAUUCCAACAUGUGCCAUCUCAAAUAUCAUCAAAAUCGACAAAACUUAGUUCAAGUUCAAGACUUUAAUUAUUUGAUGGUGCCGACUGAAAAACCGGUUUAUGUUGAUCGCGGAACUCUUGUUAUAGAUUCUAUGGCUAAAGAAAGAGUUUUGCCUCAAAAGGGUAAACUUUUACAAGCUGUGGUUGAAGCUGGUCCUUUGCUUCAAAAUAUUCUACUUGCUGGACCACUUCCUACUUGGAGAAAUCCACCUCCUUUGAAAGAUAUUAAACUUCCAUCUUUGAAUAUCAAAGAGUAUAAUAAUAGUACUAAUAAUGCUGCUGCUAGAAUCAUUGAGCCGGUUUCUUUUCCGAAGGUUUCGUCGGUUUUGCAAUCUUCAAAUGCUACUUCAAGUUGUUCAACUUCUUCAAUGCUUCAUUUUACUGGUAAUCAUAUUCUUGGUUCAUGGAACGGUUCUCGGAAGUUUAUUAAUUCUGAUUCUAGUUCUAGUUCCAGUCUCAUGAUUCAAGCUGGAUCGAGGAAGCGGCAAAGGUAUCCAUGAUUUUGAUGAAUUUUUCUCCCUUGUGUAAAUGGAGUUACAACAAUUGGUGUAAAUGGAUUGGCAUACUCUACUAUAUUUUUUGGCUUUAACCACCAGUUUAAUCUGGUUCGGGGGUCUGGCAUCAAGUGGUUCCGGCCCCCUCUUUUAGUUAGUUUUUCGGUUACUAUGGUUGAAAAUGUUUCCAUAC